UGAGGACAUAAUCAUUUGAGCACGACGUUCGAGACCGCGAGUAUCUAGACAGUUCUAGUACAGUGUAUUAGGAAUCGUAGAUCUGCUGCUACCGGUAGCCGAUGAUCGUUACUAGUGAUGUGGGACGAGGCGGUGUCGACAUGCAGCCCGCCCUGACAGAAACUCGUCAUGCAACGGCCUGGACCGGCACAGCACGCUAGCUGCAAUGGUCAGGCUGGCGUACCAGAGAGUGGAGCUGCUGCGCAGGCAGCGCACCGGAAUGCCAGCGUCAGCGAGCGCAUCGGAAAUGGAACGGCAGCGGGACGGUCGGUGGUACAGGCUGCGGCACCUGGGAGCGGAAUGAAUGAUUCCGCCGCGCACAGAAACAGCACAGCCAGCUUGGACAGCUCGCGUCGCAACAACGUACUCAGCCCAGCACCCGCUAUCGCUGCAGGGUCCGGAAGGAACAAGGCCAGCGAUGUGACUCCUUGUCCAACAGGCAAAGCAGACAUCCAUUGUAAUGUGACUUCCUGUCCAGGUAAAGCACACAGCAGUGACCAUGGUGACACCAAUGGCAGUGUCAGUUCACAUAACAGCGCGGCCACUCAGCCUACUCCAAACGAGCCACGGUCAGUUACCAUGGCAACGACAAUGCAGGAACGCGCUGCUGAGAACUCUGGGCAGGCCGCCGCCGAGCACCGCCCGUUACCGCGACAACACGGUGCACCCAGCGCCCCGUGCUCUAACCCAGUCGUGCACCGGACCGGCAGAAAACGGAGGAGGGAAGUGGCACGCAUUGCCCUGCUCCGUAGUAACCGGGCGGCAAGGAGCAAACACAUGGGGAAGCAUCCGUCGCGCUGUCUGAUUCGACGCGGCAUGAAAUCAUGCCCGAUAUUUCAGACGGUGCAGUUUCACAACGACCGGGUGAAGGAGAUAUUCGAACAGUACUUUCUGCCGCAGAAACUCGUCGACCUAAUCCAGGCGAGCUUGCUUCUGAUCAUUAUACAUUUCAGCAUGCAGGUUAUCCUCUGGUCACAACUACCGCACGGCGUACGCUACCUGGACUCGCCUGUGCGCUAUAGAUCGCUGGUUAGCGACGCAGUCGUCGUCUGCACUCUAGGCAUUCUCAUAGUGAUGUGCAUUUGCCUGGGUCUGAGGUCGCUGCUGGGUCCCACGCCGUACUUGUCGCCGGGCUGCAAGCUCUACAGCGCUGUGCUGAUAAGCGUGAUGAUUGUGGACAGCUUUCUCAUGCCGCACCAUGCAUUCUCGCAGCCGUUCACGCCGACGACGUCGCUAUGGUUUGUUGUGAUCGUCGUCUUGACGAUAAACACCAAGUCAACGUUCUCGCCGUUCAAGAACUGUCUGGUGACGAUCGGCGUGGCGAUCAGCUGGAUAGCGUACACGUGUGUGGCUGCCGACGUGAAGGAGCAAUUGCCCCGUCAGGUAGGAGCAUCAUGCCUGCUACUGUUCAUGUCCAUAACAUUGGGCGUUAGCUACAAGAUGCUGACGGAGCGUGCGCUGCGUAACGCCUUUCUGGAUACUACACGUAACAUGGAGCAGGCAGAGCGUAUCAAUCAGGAAACCAAUCAUCAGGAAAGUCUUCUGGUCUCCAUCUUCCCUGAUAGUGUCUGCAAGGAAAUGACCAAGGAGAUCGUGAACGACCUGGAGGAGCACUUUGCUCUCCAUGGCGAUGCCGAUGCCGACCUGCCGUUCCUCCUGCCGGGUAGACCUCAGGCCCAGUUCUACCGCAGCUUCAUGGAUCGGUGCGAGAACGUGAGUAUACUGUGUUCUGAUAUAGUCAGCUUCACAGCGACAUCAUCCACCAUGUCACCGCAGGAACUAGUUUCAAUGCUCAACGACGUGUUUGCAAGAUUUGACCACAUUGCACAAGCAGAGGGCUGUGACCGCAUCAAGAUCUUAGGUGAUGGCUAUGUGUGCGUAGCCGGUGUACCCCAGGAAUGUGAUGAUCAUGCCGAUCGCUGUAUCAAGACUGGACUAAGACUAGCAGCUAGUGUCGGGGCGGCUGGGUUGGCACAUGGCAAGCAGCUACAAGUGCGUGUUGGAGUUCACAGUGGAGCUGUGCUGUGUGGAGUGCUGGGACUGAGAAAGUGGAGUUUUGAUGUCUGGGGAAACGAUGUGCUCAUUGCCACACAGCUUGAAGCCUCCGGGAGACCAGGUCAAGUACACAUCAGCGAGGACACAAGAGAGGCUCUGCAGGAUGUAGAUCGGUUUGUGAUAACCGAAGCGCCAUCGCUUUCCUUCCAGAAAAGACAAAUUGAGACAAUGUUCAUCAAACAGGUCUCGGGAUUUCGAUCAGUGUCAUUACGCGGAUCACGCAUCGGCUCACUAACGUCCGAAACGCUCCGUAGUAUUCAGCGACCGUUCGCCAACCUGCCAUCACUGACGUCCUUCGACUCCGACAUCGUGGACCAGGCUGAUCUUUUCGACCCCGACGAUAUUGUUUCCAUGGAUAUUGUUCCUGUGGAGAAUGCCACCGCCGCCACCGCUCUGAGCGCCAGUGGCGUUGCCACGGCGCUGGAUCCCGUAACCAUGGCAACACAGGACUCUGCAUUGCCGCCGUCCGACACAGCGCAGGAUGUAGAGGAGCAGCAGGCUGCAACUGACACCAUUGGGGAUGGUGACGAUGAUGAUGAUGAUGAUGAUGAUAUGGCAGCCAUCUGGAAAUGCUUCUCCGAGAAGCUAGAAGAACGGAGUUAUCUGAGGACGUUCUUUGAGCACUUGAACUUCCGAACACUGUCGUUCAAGAAGGACUUCAUGACGGAAAGUUACAACAAGAUGCCGGACGAUACGUUUGAGCUGAACAUCAUCAUCUACUCCCUUGUCAUCCUGACCAGCAUCACAGUUAUACGCCUUGGUGUUGUCACGUCCACGUUGAUUCGUCUGGUUGGCUGGCUAGCCUUGGGCCCAGCUGUUAUCGUUGUUGCGGCCCUCGUUUGGUCACGCUUCUGCGAGUGUGUGAAACAGAGAACACAGGCAAUUAUCAAACGUAUCCGAGCGGCACGCACAGCGCGCACUGUCAUCACUCUGCUUGCAUACUUCGUUCUCCACAUCAUUGUCAACCUGGGAAUGGUUGUUUGUGGAGAGCUGGCUAACCAACCCCAUUCUAUCAUCAUGCAUAACUGCACUGCGCGCACCAUCACCGCCGACACCACACCGUCCACUACCUACAUCAUACAGUGUGUUCUCGUUGACAAGAGUGUUGUUAUCCUAAUGGAUACUACACGAUGCUUUACCAACGAGAGCAUUCCGGUCAUUUCCUCCGCCCCGAUUUCAUCCGCACCAGCCACCAUGUCAUCAGACUCAUCACACAAUAUCACAACACCACCGCCGAACUGGACGUUAUCCACAAACAGUUCACUGUUGCGCAAUACUACGCAACCACACGGCUAUGCGUAUACAUGCAACGUUAGUAGUGAGGACGCUGGCGGCUUUCUGCCCAUACCCACACGACCGCAAGAGAACAGAUGCGACUUCCCACACCUUGUCCUGCAGGCUGAGAUGUUUGCCCUGGUUGGUAUGCUGAUGCUAUUUCGCACACGCUUCCUCUACCUGAUAUUCGUUGUCAUAGCGCUGGCUAUAGUGCCGGUUAUAUUCACCUGGACAUUAUUCAAGCUACCGUUCACAGACACGCACUUCUACUGGAUUGGAGUAUCCAACGGCAUCGACUUGCCGGUGUAUUUCGGUGAUUUCAGUAUAUUCCUGGCUGUGGUGGCUGUCUUGGUUGUCUUCACACAUGCCAGAUCCAUGGAGAUCAUGCUGAAGAUUAACCAUAUAUGGAACCAAGAGUUCUCCCGCAGCACGCGUCAGAACAAACAGCUACGCCAGGCCAAUGUAUAUCUACUGCACAACAUUCUUCCGAAACACGUUGCAAAGCAUUUCCUGUCUCAGAAAACACGCAGCACUCAACUGUACAGCUGUUACCAUGACAACGUGGCCGUCAUGUUCUGCGCAAUACCGAAGUUCAGCGAGACGUUCUACCAGGAGGUCUCUAGCAAUCGUCACGGUAUGGAGUGUCUGCGUUUGCUCAACGAAGUCUUCUCCGACUGGGAUAAGCUUAUGAGCCGCUCGCAAUACAGCACUGUGGAGAAGAUCAAGACAAUCGGACCUACGUACAUGCUAGUGGCUGGACUGCAUGACCCGACGGGACAGCAUUGCGCUGUCAGUGUACUGGCGAUGCUGGCUCACGAUAUGAACGCCGCCAUCGACGAAAUCAACGCAAAUGCCUUCAAUAACUUCACGCUGAGAAUAGGAUUGCACACGGGAUCGCUGGUGAGUGGUGUCAUCGGUGCACGCAAGCCGCUGUUCGAUAUCUGGGGUGACACGGUCAACCUGGCAAGUCGCAUGGAGUCCACCGGGAUUAACGGCAAAGUGCAGGUAACUGUACAAACUGGGGAUGUGCUUCGUCGCCGUGGUUUCAAGCUGGUCGACCGCGGUGAGAUAAUGGUCAAAGGCAAGGGCUUGAUGAGAACUCAGUUCAUCACCGAGUGGCCGAGUGCCAGAGCAACGAGGGAUGCUGCAGUGUUGAUGACUCAGACGUCGCUCUAGCUAGUCUUGAGGAAACGUCGGCCACGCCAGGGUGCAUACAUGGUAUGGUGUGUACGUGUGCAGGCUACGCUACCAUGUCACUGGCUGUAGAGUGACACACUAAACGAAGCCGCCGCAGUAAGAACUACUGAGAACACUUAGAAAGGCGUUGCAACUGCAGUGGGGUUUUCAUUCCACUGUCAGCACACUACAGUACUUCCUGGUGUCCGACCCUGGCAGGGUGCUGGCAGGGUGCUGGCAGGGUGCUGGCAGGGUGCUGGCAGGGUGCUGCUGCUGCUGGUGACAGUGACUACGACAGUGCUGGCAACUGAAAUCCGACCCCUGGGCGAUGAGUACAGAUUCUAGCGCUCUCUAUUUGGUAGUGUUACAAUCCUGUGUUGGGUCUUUGCGAUGUGAGUGCACCGCUCGGGGGUCGGAUUUCAGUUGCCAGCACUGUAUUGUAACAGUGAACAUACGUUUUAAAUUAUUCUUGAUUGAAGUUACAUGGCUGAGUUUGAAGUGACACGUGAACUUUCCUUUUUUUGUUAUCGGACUCUAUUUAAUGAACUGGUUCCACCUCCUCUGAUCCACUGAACUAAUUCAAUUGAUGAACAAACAGGCUGAACGCGGCUGCUGCUUCCGAUUCUUUACGUUAUUUAUUUUGAGAUGAGCCAGACCGUGGCAGGAACGAUUUUCCGAAAUUUAAUUCAACUUGAAUCCAAGCCAGACAAUUUCUGAUGGUCAAAAUCCAAUCCGACUUUAUAAGCUUCUUUUUAAAUAAGCUGUACACUUUGAGAUUCUUAUCAUUAUAACCGUCAGCUUUGGUGCUAGCUCCUCUCUUCCAGACUUACCUGUCUUUAUAAAUGUAACUCUUCUCUCUCUCUCUGCUGGAAUGCACCGUGGAAAGCUCA